AUGGCAUGCCUACGUUGUAUGAAUCUAGUAUUGUAUCUGUCGCCUGAUUCGAUACUUCUUAAAUCCGGUGUUGCUGACUCCGCUGUUCGUUCUAUCGGUUUGACUGAUGAUAAGCAGUCUCAAGAAGCUGGGAUUCAGACUCAUGCUGCUGCUGAUGCCACUAUAAUUGCUAACAGCGUUUCUUAUUUGCACCCGGCUUCGGAGUCUCAAUUCGGGGAUACAGAGGAAAUGGGUCUGAAUUUCAUGAUGUUGUGCGAGCCUGAGGAGCCUCAAUCCGAGUUGCAUAUGAUACUGUCUAGUGAGGCUUCCUCAAGGUUCGAAGAAUUCUGUGGACCCACUCUUCUGGCCUCGGAUACUGAGCCUGAAGUUUCCUCAUUUGAUAUUGUUGAUGAGGAUGUCGAGGGUUGCAAUAAGACUCGUUAUGUAGGACUUGUCAAAGAUAACCAUAUUGAUUUAGAAGGUCGUACAACAGUAGUUGAUCGUUUUACUUAUGAUAUACCGUGGCUCAGUAGUAAGCGCCCAGUGAUCCCUGAUUUAAACGCUAUUAAAAAGGCUCUUGAUGCCGAUCGUAAGUUCUGUGACCGUUUACGUGAGUCAGGACAUCUGGAUUCUUAUGCUGCAGUUUUUGAUAAGUAUUUGCAGCAUGGUAUCGUUGAAGUGGUUCCUACUGAGCAUUACCAUCGUUGUAAAGCUCUUCUACGACACUUUGCAGUGUAUUCCAAUUCCCGGACCACGCCAGUAAGACCCGUUCUUGAUGGUCGGGCUUUUGCUGGGCUCAUAGGAUCGGGAUUGGGUCAUAAGGCAGUUGAUGAUCGUGUGUUGCGAAGUACAUUGACAGCGCUCAGUGGCUUUAGAAUGUUUCAAUGUGCUGCAACGUUGGAUAUCUCUAUGGCAUUUUAUAUGCUUUUACAUUCGGACAGUGCAUCGUAUACGUUCUGCAUCCCAUUUCGUGGAAAUCUCUAUCGGCUUCGUUCUCCACCCAUGGGUGCACCACAUUCGCCUGGUUGUUUGUUGGAUGCUAUGCAACGACUUUGUGAUGAGGCUCGCAGUGACUUUUUGGGUCUCUAUCCGCAUCUGAUAAAGAACGGCAAUGUUCCAGUGUGUUUCUGCUUCUAUAUGGACGAUUUAGUCGUAGGAGCAGAUUCUGAAAAGCUCCUUAAUUUGGCUGUCAGGUGUCUUCUUCGUGUCUGUGAUCGGCACGGCUUCAACUGUAGUGAGAAGAAGAGGCAGAUAGGAUCUCCUUGUGGUGAAGAUUCUGCUCAAGUACUGGGUCUUCUAUGGAAUAAGAAUGACGAGAUAUUCAUUGUACCACCCGAUGUCUCGUCACUACCACCACCAUUGUCCACUCCUUCUGAUGACUCUUUGUGUGUCGUGACUAUCCGUGAUUUGAUGGGCUAUGUUGCCCGUAUAUACAACCCCAUUGGGGUUCGUGGGUCAUCUUAUCUUUGCUAUGAGACUUAUCAUUCGUGA